AUGGAAGAUGGUCCUGUUUUCUAUGGCUUUAAAAACAUUUUUGUUACAAUGUUUGCUACCUUUUUUUUCUUUAAGCUUUUAAUUAAAGUUUUUUUGGCUCUCCUAACCCAUUUCUAUAUCGUCAAAGGAAAUAGAAAAGAAGCGGCUAGGAUAGCAGAAGAGAUCUAUGGUGGAAUUUCAGAUUGCUGGGCUGAUCGAUCCCCACUUCAUGAAGCUGCAGCUCAGGGGCGCUUACUGGCCCUUAAAACUUUAAUUGCACAAGGUGUCAAUGUGAACCUCGUGACAAUUAACCGGGUGUCUUCUCUCCACGAGGCAUGCCUUGGAGGUCACGUGGCCUGUGCCAAAGCCUUAUUGGAAAAUGGUGCACACGUCAAUGGAGUGACAGUUCACGGAGCCACGCCCCUCUUCAAUGCUUGCUGCAGCGGCAGUGCUGCAUGUGUCAAUGUGCUGCUGGAGUUCGGAGCCAAGGCCCAGUUUGAGGUGCACCUGGCCUCGCCCAUCCAUGAGGCAGUGAAGAGAGGUCACAGAGAGUGCAUGGAGAUCCUGCUGGCAAAUAAUGUUAACAUUGACCAUGAGGUGCCUCAGCUUGGAACUCCCCUGUAUGUGGCGUGUACCUACCAGAGGGUAGACUGUGUGAAGAAACUUCUAGAAUUAGGAGCCAGUGUCGACCAUGGCCAGUGGCUGGACACCCCGCUCCAUGCUGCAGCAAGGCAGUCCAACGUGGAGGUCAUCCACCUGCUAACCGACUACGGAGCUAACCUGAAGCGUAGAAAUGCCCAGGGCAAAAGUGCACUUGAUCUGGCGGCUCCAAAAAGCAGCGUGGAGCAGGCGCUCUUGCUCCGUGAAGGCCCACCUGCUCUUUCCCAGCUCUGCCGCCUGUGUGUCCGGAAGUGUCUCGGUCGAGCAUGUCAUCAAGCCAUCCACAAGCUACGUCUGCCGGAGCCACUUGAACGAUUCCUCCUAUACCAAUAGUCCUAAGUGUCCCUGGAAAGAUACUUGGAAUGACACAGAUGGUUGUCUGCUGUACCUAGAGUAGCUAGUGUGGAAGCUCAACAGCUAGACUCUUAGUAUCUUCAGAUGAGCUCAGUUGAAGUAAAUCCCCCAUGAGCUACAACACUUGAGGAGUGGAAACUCCUGGUUAGUGUAAUGUUCUUAUUAACCAAGGGGCAACUAGAAACCGUUUAGCUUUUAGCUCUUGUUGUUAAAGAAACUUAAAAAAACUGUGAAGUAGAGUGAAAACAAUAGGCUAUUUUUUGAUGAUUCAGGAUCUUCUUGUACCUAAAAGUCAACAUUCUGAAUAUUGUAUAGACACAUAUAAAUUCAGGUGGAUAAGAUUAUAACAAGUGUUAGGUAUUCCAAGAUAUGUUCUUGAUUCAGUUCUUCCCUUCAGCCCUUCCCCACUUUUUUCUUUCUUUCCUUGAAUUAAUCUGCUAUAAUUUUGUUGUGUGUAUAUAUAUAUAUACACACAUGCACACAUAUAUUUAAUGUUUUCAAAGUCCUUAAUAUAUGUAUAAAGCUUAUAUAUAUGUUUUCAAAAUUCUUUAUAUAUGAAGUUAUAUAUAUUUAUGUAGACUUUAUAUAUAUACAUGUACAAAGUUAAGGACUUCAAAAACAUUGUGUAGGUAACUGAGGCUUCCAGUUGUCGAGGUCCUGGUUGAUAAGAGAGACUUUGGAAGAGAUCAGUGCACCCAGAGUUUGGCAUCUUAUUGCUUCUGGCAUGAAAUGCUGUUAUUUGAAGUAAGCAGUUCUAGGAUUGAGAACACUGGGUGUCCCCAACAACCUGAACCCACAGUCAUUGUCUGAGGCAUGUUGCAACCCAAGCAUUGCCUUAUUUUCAAAGUCAAGAUCCUCAGGGUUUUUGAAAUAAUUACAUAUUGAUGCCAGCCAGCAAAGUGGGCUCAAUGCUGGGUCAAUAUUUUUUUCUGUGGAUAGGGGCCCAAAAUAAGCACAAAGGUAUAUAAAAAGAGGCUUCUCCUUUUCUGUCUUCUCCUUCUUCUCAUUUCUCUCUCCUUCUGCCACCCCUCCUCUUCCUCUCUUCUUUCUCCUUUUUGUGAAUUUAGAACAUGGGAACUGGAUAGACUUUUAAUUGUUAUAAGUAUUACUGUCAUGGUUCAGUGUUCAGUUCUAAAAUGAAAAUUUCCUCCCAGAUCAUCCUAAGACUCAUUUCACACAUGUAUUUUUUCCCUAAUUUUUCUAGACCUUUGGCUCUCAACUGGAGACAAUUUUGCCCCACUACCACGGAGACAUUUGUCAAUGUCUGCAGACAUGUUCAGUUGCAACAACUGGGGGAGAAUUGCUACUGUCAUCUAGAGGGUGGAGACCAGGGAUGCAGCUAAUUACGCACAGUGCACAGGAGCCCGCAACAAAGAAUUAUCAAGUCUGGCCGGGCACAGUGGCUCACGCCUGUAAUCCUAGCAGUUUGCGAGGCCGAGGCAGGCAGAUCACAAGGUCAGGAGUUU